AUGGCUCCUCUUGGAUACCUCUUAGUGCUCUGCAGCCUGAAGCAGGCGCUGGGCAGCUACCCGAUCUGGUGGUCCUUGGCUGUGGGACCCCAGUACUCCUCCUUGAGCACUCAGCCUAUUCUCUGUGCCAGCAUCCCAGGCCUGGUGCCCAAGCAGCUGCGCUUCUGCAGGAACUACGUGGAGAUCAUGCCCAGCGUGGCCGAGGGCGUCAAGGCGGGCAUCCAGGAGUGCCAGCACCAGUUCCGAGGCCGGCGUUGGAACUGCACCACCGUCAGCAACAGCCUGGCAAUCUUUGGCCCUGUUCUGGACAAAGCCACCCGGGAGUCAGCCUUUGUCCACGCCAUCGCUUCUGCUGGAGUGGCCUUCGCUGUGACACGCUCCUGUGCAGAGGGAUCAGCUGCCAUCUGUGGGUGCAGCAGCCGCCUCCAAGGCUCCCCAGGCGAGGGCUGGAAGUGGGGCGGCUGUAGUGAGGACAUUGAAUUUGGAGGAAUGGUCUCUCGGGAGUUUGCCGAUGCCAGGGAGAACCGGCCGGAUGCCCGCUCUGCCAUGAACCGUCACAACAAUGAGGCUGGGCGCCAGGCCAUCGCCAGUCACAUGCACCUGAAGUGCAAGUGCCACGGACUAUCUGGCAGCUGCGAAGUGAAGACCUGCUGGUGGUCGCAGCCGGACUUCCGCACCAUCGGGGAUUUCCUCAAGGACAAGUAUGACAGCGCCUCAGAGAUGGUGGUAGAGAAACACCGAGAGUCUCGUGGCUGGGUGGAGACCUUAAGGCCACGUUACACGUACUUCAAGGUGCCGACAGAGCGCGACCUGGUCUACUACGAGGCCUCACCCAACUUCUGCGAGCCCAACCCUGAAACCGGCUCCUUCGGGACGCGUGACCGCACCUGCAAUGUGAGCUCGCAUGGCAUAGACGGGUGCGACCUGCUGUGCUGCGGGCGCGGGCACAAUGCGCGCACCGAGCGACGGAGGGAGAAAUGCCACUGCGUUUUCCACUGGUGCUGCUACGUCAGCUGCCAGGAGUGCACACGCGUCUAUGACGUGCACACCUGCAAGUAGGAGGGCUCCCAACAAGGGAACAGGGUUCAUUCCGAGGGGCAAGGUUCCUACCUGA